CGGCCGCAUCACGGCAGGCACCUGAUGAGCAUCCUCUCCCUCCUGAGCCCGGCGCACGGAAAGUCACACAAGAGCGCAGUGGUUUGGGAUUGUUACUGAAACCAAGCAAAAGCCACCAAAACCUGGAGGCACAAAAAAACAAACAAACAAACUAAUAAGGAGCACUGUUAGAUUAUUAUCACUGGAUUUCCAGAUAUGGCACUGUCUCUUCUGCGCAGCUGUUUGCUUUUUCUGUGUGUGACAGCAACCCAGAGCAGCCAUGCCGGUGUUCAGAGCUGCAUGGAUAAGCACCAGGUGGUUGGGGUGCUGCGUCAAAUGGAGAAAUUUCUCAAGGGCCAAGAGAUGCGAUUCACCGAGGGCAUCCGCAUCAUGAAGUCCAAGCUGGCGGCGCUUCAGAACUCUGUCUCAAAACUGCCUCAAGCCGACCAGUCAGCUGCUCCUACCACCUGCCCCUCCCUAGAAGCCCCGACCCAUGGAAGGAAGUUUGGCUCUAAGUACGCUGUGGGGCAUGAGGUCCAUUUCACUUGUUCCCAGGGCUACCACCUUGUUGGUCCGGGAACACGGGUAUGCCAGGACAAUGGCAGCUGGAGUGGCAUCAGUGCCAUCUGCAAAGAUGUGAGUGAGUGUGCCAGUAACCCCUGCCAAAAUGGAGGUACCUGUGUGGAAGGUGUUAACCAAUACAAAUGCACCUGCCCGCAGAACUGGAGUGGCUCUCACUGCCAGCACCAAACCCAGACGGCACCACCCGAGUGGAGUGUAAUGAACGACCCCGCGUUCAGCCGGAGGCCUCGCUGUGCCAAGGUGGACCAAGCCCAGCACUGUAGCUGUGAUGCCGGCUUUCACAUGAGUGGUACCUCUGACAAAAGUAUCUGCCAGGAUGUGAAUGAGUGUGAAGUUUACCGACUGGACCAAGGAGGGAAGCUUUGUGUCCAUGAGUGUGUGAACGUCCCUGGCUCCUACCACUGCUCGUGCCCCAGCGGUUACAAGUUGCUCCCAGAUGGACGGAGCUGCGAGGAUGUGGAUGAGUGUUUAAGCCAGCAGCACAACUGUAGCCGUGGGACAACUUGUAUCAACACAGGGGGAGGCUUCCAGUGCGUCAACCCCGAAUGUCCCCGCUCUCACGGCAACAUUAGCUACGUUAAAACAUCUCCCUUUCAAUGUGAGAGAAACCCCUGCCCAAUGGACAGCCGCUCCUGCCACCUGGCUCCUAAGACCGUGUCCUUCCACUACCUGUCCCUGCCCUCCAACCUGCAGACUCCCGCCACCCUCUUCCGCAUGGCCACCGCGGCUGCACCUGGUCGCACCGGGCCCGACAGCCUGCGCUUUGGCAUAGUAGGGGGCAACUCCAGGAGCAUCUUCAUCAUGCAGCGCUCAGACAGACAGACUGGUGAGCUGAUACUGGUGCAGCAGCUGCGCGGGCCGCAGGAAAUCAGCGUCGAUGUGGACAUGUCUGAGUACUCUGACCGCACCUUUCAGGCUAAGCACGUGGCCAAGGUCCAUGUUCUGGUUUCACCUUAUAACUUCUGAGGAGAGUCUUCCAGAGGAGGGAGACAUAAGAGAGAGAAGGGUCAAAGAGGAAGGAGGAGGAGUAUAUAAUGGGCACUGAGUUUGUUGAUACUGUAACGUCAUCUCCCAUCACUAAUCCAUUCGUGUGGCCAGGCAGACACUGGCCUGUGUUUCCCCAGUGGCCAAACAUGAGAUCUGAGAAUGAUGAAAUUCAGCAAGAGUGAGGGAGCGAGGAGCCGAUCUGUAACAGUUAUAUUAAGAAUGUAACAGUCAUGAUAUGGCAAUAAAACAAAAACAGUUAUACAUAGAGUUUGAAGUCUGUUCAGUAUCAACUGUGACUGAUGAUGUGACUCUUGAAGGAACAGUUCACCCAAAAAUGAAAACUUCACCUUAUCUACUCAUGCCUGUGCCAGCUGAGAGGCAGGUGAGGUAUUUUUGUCCAUGCAACACACUGGUAGGUAGUUAGUGCAACUCUGUAAUUGUUGUCCCCAAAACAACUGAAGUCAACAGGUACAGGUUUUUAGAGUUCCAAAAAGGGCAAAAAAUGAUAAGAAAAUGACUCCAUACGACUUGUAGAGCACGUACCAAGUCUUCUGAAGCCAAACGAUCACAUCCUGAGUGUAAAAACAACUACAUUUACACCAUUAUUUAAGGCAGACUUUCAUUAUAGUCUUUGACAGCAAAACAGGUCUCAAUAACAGGUACCAAAACCUUUUGCUUGACAAGAACUUGGAAGAGUUCUCUCAUAAUGCGUGAAUUCAGACACAAACGCUCCUGUAUGUCUGUGUUCACAAUGCUGUACUAUGCAUAGACUAACAACACAUGAGCUGAAAGAGUUUGGUCUCUUUCCCACCUUUUGUGGCUUCAUUCCCUAGAGCUGAAAUUUUGAAACUGGUUAAAGUUUGUGAGAACAUGGACACGUGAAGCUAAGGCUAUUGUGAAGAUUUGUGAAAAGUAAUAUUUGUAGGGUAAAUAUAAGUCUCUUCCACCCAAGAUUCGAUCCUGUGAGUUCAGAGGAUGUGCAUCGUGCUGCACAAGUUGUAUGGACUAAUUUUGGGGUAAUUUUGCCCUUAUUUGAACUCCAAAAAGUUGCCAAGUUGCCUCCAGUUGUUUUGUAGGAGGCUGCACUAGCUGCGUCCCUGUGUUUUGUACUGACACACACCUGUGUUUCAACUUGCAAGAGGAUGAGCAGAAAAUUAAGACAAAACGUUCCUUUUUGCAUGAACUAUUCCUUUAAUGUGAGUGCUUUAUUGAGUGGGUUAUUGAAUGUACAAAUAAGAUUUGGUAGCCAAACAAAAGCAAAAUUUGUUGUAUUGUUGCUUGUAUGUUUUUUUUUUUGUUUUUUUUUUCCUGUCCUAUCAUAGUUUCUCUGUGUAGCUCAGGGGAGGGCCCUGGGGCUGAUGCACUGCCCUUGCUUUAUUAACGAGAGUCAUAAAUCUCUACAUGACAUUAGUGCUCCCGUGGCUCUAAUUUAUUGGACUUUUUUUUUCUUUCUGGAUUUUACAUUGUAAUAUAAGCAGUGUGUUUAUCUUUCAUCAUAUACUGUAUAUUUGUUUUUUUUAUCGGCUUGCUUUGUUAAAGAAACAUUUAUAAUGACAACUAAGGGAGAGAUUUUUUUUUUUUUUAACAAUAGACGCAAUAAUGUACCUUCUCCUAUUACUCAUAUUCUGUAUGUUAUUAAGACAUUGUGUAACUACACUCUCAUCAAAGAUUAUUUGGCAAGCGAGCCAAUGCACUACACAGUAUAUCUGGUAUGUUAAUUAGUCUUUACGUAACUGCUUUGUCUUAACUGAAAUAAAGUCAGUCCAACAUUUCA